AUGCCUGACGUUCACAUUCGCAACAAUCAAAGGCGAUCCCGAGCAAAUAGGAAGGCAUAUGUCGAAAAUUUGGAACGGAGAGUCCGGAAAUACGAAUUGGAGGGCGUCGAGAUCAACCCUCAGAUACGGGACGCAGCGUCGAAUGUUCUCAAAGAGAACCAGCGUUUGUCUCAGAGAUUAUAUCGACACGAGAUGCUGAACGAGACACUGAACGAGACGCUGAACGAGACGCUGAACGAGACACUGAACGAGAUGUUGAGGAAGGAGGGUGAGCUGGCGUUUGAAGAUCGCAUGAUCUACGACGAAGAAGCUCCGCAGCAAGAGUACAGCAUCAACAAUUUCCCUGCUGAGCUGCCGACACUAUGUAACGAGGAAGCUUUACAGCAAGACUACAAUUUCCCUACUGAGCUACAGACACUAUAUGACGAGGGAACUUUGCAACAAGACUACAGCAUCAACAAUUUCCCUUCUCAGCUGCAGACAAUAAGGGACGACUACAACAUCAACAAUCUCCCUGCUGAGCUGCAGACACUAUGUAACGAGGGAGCUUUGCAGCAAGACUACAGCAUCAACAAUUUCCCUUCUCAGCUGCAUACAAUAUGGGACGGCUACAGCAUCAACAAUCUCGCUGCAGACACUAUGUGA